AUGGGGCUAUCUAGAGUGUUCGGCAAGUUGCGCUUCCGUAUCACACCAUUCUCUGCAAGUUGGCGGUUUCGUCGCCCAGGAUACUGCGAAAAAUUCACCAGCAAAGAGGACCCCUUGAUCAAGGAAGGCUACAUUUGGAAGCAAAGCAAAUCCACUCCGUGGAAACGGCGAUGGAAAAGGCGAUAUUUCAUCCUGUCCGGGGACAAGUUAUAUUUUUUGAAGGAAAAAAGCGAGGAGUCUGUUUCGGCAAAGAUCGUUCGAAUUUUGGACAUUGUUUCGAUGAUGGUAGAAGAUUUUGGUUUUCGACGAAAGAAAUUUGGAUUGCGCCUGCGAGCGAACAACAAGGAAUCAUACAUUGUGAGUUGUAAUAGCGAAGCGGAAAGAAACGACUGGAUAACCGCCGUACUUACAGCAAAAUCUUACAGUUUGGUUGAACAUAAAUAA